AGAAGCAGCAGAGUAAUUUGUUGAUAUCCUGCUUGGUAGUAAUCAUUUAGACUUUGCUAUUUCAAAGGCAAAUUUAUCCCCAACGUAGGGGUUUGGUUUGCAUUGGGCAGCACAGUUAACUAGAACGUUAUCUAUAUGUCGGGCUGAUGGAAGACACAAGAGAUUUGGCCGAACGCACCCCACGUUCAGAGCGCAAGCGGAGAGACUCGUUCGGGAUGUUUGAUGGCUACGACAGCUGCAGCGAGGAGUCCACCAGCAGCUCCAGCUCAGAGGACAGCGAGGAUGAGGUGGUGUCCUCCAUCCCUGCCAGCCUGCCCAUCAUCAAGAACAAUGGCCAAGUCUACACCUACCCCGAUGGCAAGGCUGGAAUGGCCACUUGUGAGAUGUGUGGAAUGGUUGGAGUACGAGAUGCUUUUUACUCCUAAACCAAGCGCUUCUGCAGCGUGUCCUGUUCUAGGAGUUAUUCCUCAAAUUCCAAAAAAGCUAGCAUCUUGGCGAGACUCCAGGGCAAACCACCAACAAAAAAGGCAAAAGUCUUACAGAAACAGCCUCUUAUGGCAAAGUUGGCAGCUUACGCCCAGUACCAAGCAAGUCAGCAGAACCAGGCCAAAUCAAAAGCUGUGGUUCCUGCGGAGAGCUUCGACUGGGGUCGGUAUAUCUGUAGCAAUAACACGGCCGGAGCUCCAGUCAGCUGUUUUAAGCACGCUCCUAUGGGGACAUGCUGGGGAGACAUAGAGGAAGGAGUGAGGAUUGAAGUGCUCAACUCUGACACCAACCUUUCUACUAAGGUGUACUGGAUAGCAGAAAUCAUUAAGCUAGCAGGGUUCAAGGCUCUCCUGCGGUAUGAGGGCUUCGACAACGACACCAGUAAGGACUUCUGGUCUAAUCUCUGUAUCCCUGAGGUGCACCCGGUGGGAUGGUGCGCCUCAAGCGGCAAACCCCUCGUACCUCCAAAAAGCAUACAGCAUAAGUACUCUAACUGGAAAGCCUUUCUUGUGAAGCGUCUCACUGGAUCUAAAACACUGCCACCUGACUUUAAUGCCAAGGUACACGAGAACAUGCAGUUUCCCUUUAAGAAGCUGAUGCGGGUAGAGGUGGUCGAUAAGAACUACCUGUGCCGGACACGGGUGGCGCUGGUGGAGCAGGUGAUCGGGGGUCGCCUCAGGCUGGUCUAUGAGGAGAGUCAGGACCAGUCAGACGACUUCUGGUGUCACAUGUUCAGCCCCCUCAUCCAUAAUAUAGGCUGGUCCCGCAGCAUCGGACACCGCUUCAAACGAUCCGAUAUUGCAAAGAAAAUUGAGGGUCAAGUUGACGCUCCUGCACAGUUCUUCCAGAAGGUGAAAGAUGUAGACCAGAGCGGGGAAUGGUUCAAAGAUGGGAUGAAGCUAGAAGCCAUCGACCCCCUCAACCUCUCAGCUAUAUGUGUAGCCACUGUAAGAAAGGUCUUGGCAGACGGGUACCUCAUGAUCGGGAUUGAUGGUUCGGAGGCAGUGGACGGAUCAGACUGGUUCUGCUACCACAGCACGUCCCCCUCCAUCUUCCCCGCCGGCUUCUGUGAAAUCAACAACAUUGAACUCACACCCCCUAGAGGGUACACUAAACUGCCAUUUAAAUGGUUUGACUACCUCAGAGAAACGGGUUCAAUAGCUGCUCCUGUCAAGCUCUUUAACAAGGAGGUUCCCAAUCACGGUUUUCGGCAAGGCAUGAAGCUGGAAGCUGUUGAUCUAAUGGAGCCACGGCUGGUGUGUGUUGCCACGGUGACGAGGAUUGUGCACCGGCUACUGAGGAUCCACUUUGACGGCUGGGAAGAUGAGUAUGACCAGUGGGUGGACUGCGAGUCACCUGACCUCUACCCUGUGGGCUGGUGUCAGCUGACAGGCUACCAGCUCCAACCCCCCGCCUCACAGAGUAACAGGGAAAUGCCUCAAUCUGUACCCAAGCAGAAGAAAAAGGCCCAGCAGUACAAAGGCCAAAAGAAAAAGAGGAAGAUUCCGGUUGGUCGACGGCCCUUCAGUCAGGCAGGCAGGAGGAGGAGCAGCUUCUCGGGGGACGAAGAGCAGAGUCCGCCCCCUUACCCUGCCCAGGGGCCCACUCGGCCCCGACCCCGAACCCACCUUCACCAAACCCACAAAUCAGAGUCUCUCCUGCGGAUGAAAGAGGAGACGGCCGAGGUGGACGAGUUCACCUUCUCACAGGGCACAUCCGACCAGGAGAGCAACGGCUCGGGCAGCUACUACAUCAAACAGGAGCCCUGAGGUCAUGAGGUCGGGACAGCAGGACCAACCCGGGUCAAGACACACCUCUGGAAAAAAAACAACCCAGCGAGGAUCAGGAAUGUGGGGAGUCAAACUAGCCUCGAUUCCCACUCAGACCAAUGCCACAGGCCUUCUAUGGAGUCCAUACAGCAGAUAGCGAUGAUAAAGAGAAAGGGGUGGCUUUCAUGCUUUUGAAUUGAACAUCCCUCUGAACAGUUUUCUAACCUUGUAGCUGCGUGUGCACAUAAUCACUCACAAAAACCUGUAUGAUGGAGAGCUUGAAAAGCACCCGGGGUCGGGCCUGGGUCACAUGCGUUUGGGCAUUCUCUUUCGUACCACCCUCAUUCUCUCCUCUCCAGUCGGAAACAUCCCGACCACACCGGAUCUCGGACGGAUUAAAAAACACAACCUUUUUUCUACAGAAAUGGGGGGGUCCUGCAAGUCGACAUCAGCCCACCCUGCCUCUGCCACAAUCUGGGCCACGCACAGAGACCUGUAGAAACUGUGAGAACCAUUUAUUGAGCCAGGUCUUCACUUUUGUUUUGUUCGUUUCAGUUUGUUUUCAGGUCAGAGUGUCAGCCACUGAACGGGGCCGAGGUGAGAAGAGAGGCUGGCAGCGAGAAGGACAGUGUUGUGUAUAUUUUGAUUAUUUUCUUCUGAACAAUAUUGCCAGGUGGACUUUUACUUUGUUAAUAGUACUUGAAUAUUUUUUUGCUUUAUUUUGUAAUGAUUUUGGAGUUGUUUUUGUCUUAAUGUACUUAUUUUUGCAUUUACAUUUUUGGUGGCUGUGUAGGGAAACUUAAUGUGCAUUGUUUCAUAAAAGUGAUUAUAUUCAUAUAGUAUGUGGAGACCUAUUCAAAUAGAACUACAGAGUAUAAAUAUUAAGGAUUGUGAUUCGAAGAGAAAUCUUAGUACUGAUAUUGAUCUUUUUUUUUUUUCCCAAUAUUGGACAGAAGAUUUCCACAGCUGCAUUCAUUUCUGAUUCAAACAUUACUGAAGCAAAGUCACCAAAAUGAAACUAUCGGGCUCUGAUAUUUUAAUUAUGGAUACAUUCUUCAAUGAUUUGUUGAUUCAUACUUUGGAACAUAGUGGCAAAUGCCCAUAAGAAAGUAUUUAGCUGGCAAUGAUAUGAUACAGGAGAGCAGCCUUAUCCUUACGUUUGAGAAGCUGGAACUGGCAUCUUUUUGGGGCAUAAAUAAAUUAUUAACAUUAUUGGUGAUUUUUUUUAACUUAUAGAUUAAUUGUUUCAGCUUUAAGAUGUCCACAUUAAAGCUGCACCUGCUGCCUUUAGAAGGGCUGUUUGUUUUUUUUAUUUGGUGUAUUUCCCCUCUAUUAAGUGCCAGUCUGUACGUUAGAGUGAUUGGAUGUAACAUUUAAAUUGACAUGGUGCAGCUUUAAACAGUAAUACACCUUUACCAUUGUUUUAUGUAAUUACAGAAGUCCUCCUGCACAUUCCAUUGGGCCUUCACUAACACUGAACGGAUUGUACAUCCUAACGUCCUUCAGCUAUGUUAAGUGGGCAUUGUGGGGAAUAUCUGGUAUCCACAUUUUGAGCUACACCGCCCCCCAAAACUGCCCCAUACACAACCUUUCCUUCCUGGUAAUCCUGCCUUUAGGUUACUAUACAUAAGCCAGGAUAAGCUUAAUCAAGAGAGCACAUAUCUAAUGAGGUAACAGUGUGGGGUGGCUCCGAUAGCUCAAUGUGGAGCUUUAGGGACCUACAGUAAUCACAGCUCCCACAAUGCCACUAACUGUGGAUUAGCCAUCUUCUACCUUGUACGAGUUUCCAUUGUGAAUAUAUGAGGGGCUUUGUGUUGUAAUGUUUAACAGAAAUCAUGAAGCUGUGGAGAUAAAAACAUUUUUUCAGUUUAAAAAAAAAAAAAAAAAAACUCACCUUAGUUUUACAGACAUACUAAAUGGGAAACAAAUGAGCAUAGUGUGACUGUACGUGAGCAGCAGGGUAUGUUAAUAGUAUAAAAGAGAAACCUUACUGGUAUGAUAGGGUACAGUCUGACAUGUUCCAACUGUCCAACCCUACAAUAUGACCUUUACAGUUUGGAUGUAGCUGCUGUCAGGGAGGAAGCUGUCUUAUUGGAAGACUCAGCUGACCAAUGUUGGCCUCAUAUCAGCCGGACUGUCCAGGAUAUUGAAAUGUUGUGGAUGCAGGCAGAUGCAUUACUUGCAUAUAAAGGUCGCACUACAGCAGUGAUUCAGAUUGCAGAUAUCAGGUGUUUCUGUUCUGCUUUGGACCAUGUCUGCUGUAUUUAUACCCAGAGGGUACACAGGUAUCCAUCUGGAACUCAUGUAUACGGAGUCUGGAGUAUGCCACUAGAAUGAUUUUACAUUUAUUCAGUGUGAUUUAUCACCAAUUAAUACUUUAAAAAAGCAAUUAGGAUUGGAUUUAUUUUCUAUCUAUUUUAUUUGAUUUUAUUUUUAUGUAGAAAAAGCAUUAAACCAAAAAUUACAUAAUUGAAUUUGCUAAUAUUAAUGUUUUCUUAUUUUGUCAGUAAAUUAUAAAUUAAUAAUUGAGUUUUUCAAAUGCAAUGGCAGAAUAGUAAUAAUAAUAAUAAUAAAAAAGAGUAACCCACAUAAUGCCUUUAUGUAGUGCCCCUAUCUACAGGAACUCUAAUUUGCUGUCAUGUGUUUACAGGACUCAGACAGACCUCUGUGUGUUGAACUAUAUGUCAUAUUAAGUUGCACACUGCUUACACAACUGUAAAUUAAAGAAUUAUCUUAAGUAAAUGAAAUAAUAAAGUCAUAUUGAAAAUC